AUGUCAAACUGCUUGAAGGGCAUCGGUACCUUUUGCAGCCGUGGCAAGAAGGAGGAGGCUCAGCCCCUCGCGGACCAGGUCCAGGCCGCCUCGGCCGCCUCUGCCAAGCAAGCACCCUUUCAGGUAACCACGUCGGAUGGUGCACAGGCCAAGCAAACGCCCAAGACGGCCGAGGCUCCGGCCUCGAAAGCACCAGAGGUCGCCGUCUGCGAACAGCCCAAGCAGGAGGAGACCAAGCCCGGCGCGCCCGCAGCUCCAGCUCCAAAGGCUGCCUCCAGCCAGGCCCAGAAGCCCGAGAGACGCCGUGCACCGGAUGGCCGAGCCUACACCUACUCCGAGUUUGUUAAGUACUUCGGCAAGAAGCAGGGUGAGAUGCAGUGGACGUAUGCUCGCAGAGUCUAG